GGUCCACAGAAGUAUACUGAUACUGAAAAUUUUACCCUACACCCUAGUGUAGGGUGUGUUCCCUACACCCCCCCUAUGCUACGUCGUUUUGUAGCUGGUAUUGAGUUCUCAUGUGCAGCUUCUUUCCUUUUGCGAUUCUUUCCUUUUUUUUUUUUUUUUUUUUUCCUUUUUUUCUUUUUUUCUUUUCUUCCUCUUUUUUCCUUUUUCCUUUGAUUCUUAUUAUUCAAUUUAUGUAUAUAUAUGAUUUUAAACCCUAUUUUUUCUCUCUCUUCAAUUGAUCAACCAACCUCCAUUUUUGAUCUACAUUUUUCUCUCGCUAAUUCAUCUUCUUCAUUUGAUUUUUUGAACGAAUUCGUUAAUUGUUACCGAUCAUCAAUGGCGAAUUCUGCAUCUGGAGAUUGCGUUGAUUUUGAUCGCGAUUGCGAGCGUGUGUUUCCUUCUGGACUUCGUUUCGUUGAUUCGUUUGUGCAACAAUUGGAAAAAAAUGAUGAUAUUAUGUAUUUAGAAGCAGAACAGUCUGAAUUAAAGGAUAAAGAAUUUAAAUCUGAAGAUGAAGCUUUCGAAGCGUAUAAUGAAUAUGCUUUUAGGAAAGGUUUUGGAAUUCGAAUUGGGAAGAGUAAGAGAAGAAGAGAUGAUUCUUUUUUGAUGAAAAGAUUUGUUUGUUGUAAUGAGGGAUUCAAAGAUAAUAAGUGUAAGAAUAAAAGGAUUUAUGAGAAGUUGGAUCAUCGAACUGGUUGUUUAGCUUUUGUGCAGUUUCAUAUUGAUCAUUUAGGGGUCUAUACAUGUACAAGACAUGAAAUGGUUCAUAAUCAUGCUAUGAUUCCUCCUGAAAAAAGGCAUUUGAUAAGGUCUCAAAGAGAUGUGAAUAAAGAGCAGCUUCUUUUCAUUUCAACAAUGAAAUUGAGUGGAGUCAAAGUUACUGAUUCUUUGAGGGUUCUAAAGAAGGAGGUUGGGGGAUCUCCUAAUCUUUGUUUUACUGCUUCUGAUGCUUAUAAUGCAUUGUCAUCUGAAAAAGCUGCCCAAAUUGAAGGAUGUGAUGGUAACCAAUUGAUUAAAUAUUUUGCCAAGAGACAUGUGGAUGAGACAGAUUUUUAUUAUGAUUUUGAACAAGAUGAUAGUGGUGCUUUAGUUAGUUUUUUUUUGGCGUGAUGGUAGGAUGAUGAGAGAUUAUCAUUACUUUGGAGAUUUGUUGGUUUUUGAUACAACUUAUAGAACUAAUAAAUAUGGAAUGAUAUGUGCUCCAUUUGUUGGGAUGAACCAUCAUGGUAACAAUGUCAUGUUUGGUAUGGGUUUUAUUCUUAAUGAGCGCACCGAGUCUUUUGAUUGGUUGUUUGAUACAUUUUUGCACUCAAUGGGGAGGAAAAGUCCCAUUACAAUUAUGACUGAUCAAGCACAAGCGAUUGCAGCGGGUAUAAGAAACAUUUUUCCUUCAACUGUUCAUCAUCGUUUAUGUGUAUGGCAUCUUGAACAAAAUUCUAAGAAACACAUUGGAGCAUUGAGAGCUUUGGAAGGCUUUACAGAUUUGUUUGGAUAUCUUUUGAAGUAUUGUGAAACUCCUGCUGAAUUUGAAUAUUUCUGGAAAAGGAUGUGUGAUAAAUACAAAUGUGAAAAUGAUGAUUGGUUAUGUGAUUUGUAUAAAAUAAAGGAAAUGUGGUGUCCUGCUUAUUCUAAGAAGUAUUGGUCUGGUGGUAUAUUGUCUUCUCAACGUAGUGAAACUACUAAUAAGUCAGUUUCACAACGUCUUAAUAAGACUCAAGGUUUAUGUGAUUUUUAUCAUGUUUUUCUUGAUGUCAUUUCUGAGUGGAGAAGUAAGGAAGGUGCAAGAGAUUACAAUACUCUGAGGGGUAAUAGGCACCUAGCUUUUGCUAAUAUUGGUAUAUUAGUUCAUGCAAGAUCAUUGUACACUAUUCAAGCUUAUGUUCUUUUUGAAGAGGAGUUCAUUAGGGGGACAGCUUAUGAUCAUGUUGAUAAUGGUUUGCGUUUUCCAGAAUAUUCAUAUCUUCUUUGGAGGCCUGGGAAGGAUAUAAUUAAGCAUGAAGUUGUUUUUAAUAAGGAAACACAUGCAAUUUGUUGCACAUGCAUGUACUUUAGUGAGACUGGUUUACUUUGUUCUCAUUCUCUUCGAGUAUAUCAUUUGCAUUGUGUGCGUAAUAUUCCACAAGAGUAUAUAAUGAAACGAUGGACAAAGGCUGCCAUGUGUAGUCAUGGUAUUGAAGAACCUACUUUGAGGACAAAUGUUGUGGCUACUAGUGUUUGGAGGUCACAAACAAUCAGAAAGUUUGUUAAGUUGAUAACAAGUUGUCAGAAUUCUUUGAAUGCAAGGGCAGAGGUUGAGUGUUAUUUCAAUCUGUUAAAAGAAAAGGUUGAGAGUGUAUCAGGUGUAAUUGACUUUAGUGAACCUGUUAAAGAGGUUGAAAUUGUUGAUCUUGAGAUCAAGAAUCCUCCAAAAGCUAGGCCUAAAGGUGAGAGGAAUGUAAGGCCUAAGAGUACCUUGGAGAAGCAGUGUAACAAGGCAAAGGGUAAUUUCAAGAGGAAAAAGUCUCUGUACACUCCUUACAAAAGGGGUAUAGGGCAAGCAGUUGUACAGGAACUUGAUGAGAACGGUUGUGCUGUUACUUAUGCUAAUUCUAUUAGUGAUCCCAUUGAAUUGAUUGUUUUGAGCAAUAAACGGGCUCAGGUCGGCUUAAAAUCAGCUGUUGUAGAAGAAAUUCCUUCUAGUUCUAAGGAAUCAAAUCAUAGUAUUUCCAAUGAUUUUGAUCAGGCUACUGGUGAAAGCUCUCUUUCAUCUAUCAUAUCUAUUGAUGUUGAUAUUUCAUCUAUUGCUAAGGCGAAGGAUUUAAAUCUUGAAGGUGUUUCUGCUGUUCAACCUUGUUCUAAUUUUGGUGCAAAUGAAGGUGCUUCUGGUGUUAAAACUUACUCUCAAAUUAAUCCAAGAGUUCCAAUUCAUACUAGUGCGUCAACAAAAUCUCCUGUUGUUAUUCAACCUACUGUUCCCAGGAAUGUUCAAAAUCAAACUCAGAAUUGUUCAAACACCAAUCCAGAAAUGAUCAUAUCCAACUCCAGGAAUGUUCAAUCAACAAAUGUUCAAGUUAUUUCUCCUACGGUUCAAAUAAAUGAUCAAGGAUUUCCUGUUCAGAAUGUUCAAGUUACUCCUCCCACAGUUCAAAGAAAUGAUCAAGGUGCUCGUGUUCCAAUUCUUCAAUCAAGAAAUGUUCAAUUAGGUUCUAAAAAGAUUUCUUCUAAAUAUGAUAGGUUGUUAGCCUUUUUUGAUACAAGUGUAGCUAAACGUUUGGCUAAUAAAGAUAAAUAAUUAGUAUUCCAGAACUUUAUAAA